GUUGUUCUUCCGGGGUGAGUGCCUCUUCCAGGGCGAGCGGUGUGGUGCAGGCAUUGCUGUUUUCUAACUCCUCAGGGGCUGUGUUGUCGCACUGUCUGCUGCUAUGAGCUUCCUCAAAAGUUUCCCGCCUCCUGGGCCGGCGGAGGGGCUCCUGCGGCAACAACCAGACACCGAGGCUGUGCUGAACGGGAAGGGCCUCGGCACUGGUACCCUUUACAUCGCUGAGAGCCGCCUCUCUUGGUUAGAUGGUUCUGGAUUAGGAUUCUCACUGGAAUACCCCACCAUUAGUUUACAUGCAUUAUCCAGGGACCGAAGUGACUGUCUAGGAGAGCAUUUGUAUGUUAUGGUGAAUGCCAAAUUUGAAGAAGAAUCAAAAGAACCUGUUGCUGAUGAAGAAGAGGAAGACAGUGAUGAUGAUGUUGAACCUAUUACUGAAUUUAGAUUUGUGCCUAGUGAUAAAUCAGCAUUGGAGGCGAUGUUCACUGCAAUGUGCGAGUGCCAGGCCUUGCAUCCAGAUCCUGAGGAUGAGGAUUCAGAUGACUACGAUGGAGAAGAAUAUGAUGUGGAAGCGCAUGAACAAGGACAGGGGGACAUCCCUACAUUUUACACCUAUGAAGAAGGAUUAUCCCAUCUAACAGCAGAAGGCCAAGCCACAUUGGAGAGAUUAGAAGGAAUGCUCUCUCAGUCUGUGAGCAGCCAGUAUAAUAUGGCUGGGGUCAGGACAGAAGAUUCAAUAAGAGAUUAUGAAGAUGGGAUGGAGGUGGAUACCACACCAACAGUUGCUGGACAGUUUGAGGAUGCAGAUGUUGAUCACUGAAAAUGAUUUAUGCAGGUUUAAGAUUCUGCUCCUAACUGUAGGAGAGAACUUGGUGCCUCUUCCACUCUGGAGUGAAGUUGAUGGAAGUCUUUUUCCUUUUCCACAACCCAACCUGAACCAGUUCCUUCUUGAGACAGACUAUACUGAGACAAUAAGUUGUCACCAGCAGAAGAUAGAUAAUAUGACCUUUAUUAACUUGAUGAAUUAACUUAACCAAGAGGGUAUUUGUAGUUUAUUAUUUACCCCAAAACUUUCUGUGUCUGGGUACCCUCUGAGUAGGCCUAUAAUUCCUGCCUUGACUAUGUGCAUCUUUUGUAAGCUAGCAGAUUUAUGUGGUGAAAAUGCACAGGAGCUUGGUGUAGGUAGACUGGGUAGGAAAGAGAGAGCUCCUUUUGCCAUGUUUUAUCAGUCUGCUGUUACAAACUCUUAGGUUAUAUCCUUUAAUUUCCAGCUUUUUAGGUUAGUUUCCGUAACAGAGCAAGUGAGUCUUGGAUGAAGUCCUCAAAGUACUUCAAAUGGUAAUUGUUUUGUUUUUGUAAUAGCUUAACAAAUAAACCUAGGUUUUCUAUAUUACUGUGCUCUCAUUCUUGACUAAAACCAUUAAUGAGAAAUGUGUUUUAAAAAAUAAUGCUGGCAAAUAUGAGAAUUUUGUUGGCUUUAUUUUUGUUUACUUAUUAAGGAGAACAUGAAAUAAAAUAGAGCUUCUGGCAAGUAUUUAGUAAGGCAAAGAUUUAACACAUUUCAGGGGAUUUCUGCCACUUCCUUUUAGAUUAGCAGUAAUUUCUUUUAUUUAUCAACUCUCAAUUUUCAGUUUUCAUAGAUUACCUGGGUAUUAUAAGGCUGAUUUGUAAUUACUGAUUUAUACUUGGACUUUUGAUACCAUUAUGUGGCCUUAAAAAUAACGUUAUACAAGCUAAUCUUACUACCAGAAUCACUUGGCUAAUUAGUGAAUAAACUGAUGUUUGGUGACAC